ACCCGGUUCUGUGGUAUCAUGCCCCGCCCAUGCGACGCUUCCUUUCUGUGGCUGUGACUGCUGCCGCUGCCGGCGAGCUCGAGCGAGGGCUCGCUGCGCUCUCCGCCGCAGCCGAAGUCUGUGCCUCCAGAGGAGAUGCUGCAGGAGUUGCCUUUGCGCGCUGCAUUGAGGACUGA